CUAGCUAGCUCUCUUGCAUGCAUUCACUGAUAAACUCUAGUUGUUGGUGGAAUAUUCAUCUUCAAAUCUCAUUGCAUAGCGCUGUGGGGCUAACAAAUUAAGAAACGCAGUUGAAGAUUUGCACUGAACAUCAACCUCGGCAUUUUGAUCGAAGUAUCUUUAAUCAUUGCGCUGAGAUACUUAUAAAUUGAUCAAAUAACAUCAAAUGGAGGAGAACCCACCUCGAGUUUCAAGUCAAGAAAGGACCCACGAGGUCUCAAGGGGUGGACCCACCAGGAAGAGCAGGCACGCCGUUGAUGAAGGUGGAGAUCUAAUUGAGUGUUCAAGCAAGCAUUGCCAAUCAUGCACCGCUGGGUUGGUAGCUGACUGUGUGGCCCUCUGUUGCUGCCCCUGUGCUUUGGUCAAUCUUCUUACUCUUGCUUUUGUUAAGGUUCCAUGGAUGAUAGGGAGGAGGUGUUUGGGAAGAGUAAAAAGGAAGAAAAUGAAGCUGGAAAUUAAGAGAAAAUGCAGGAAGAACAGUGAAGGGGAAGGUAACACUGUGGCGCAAAGAGAAAGGGAUUGUAAUUUGAGAAAGAGAAUGAUAGAAGAAGAGGGAGUUCUGGGAAUUGCAACGGGAUUUGGCGAGGAAGAGGAAAUGGCUAGUGUUACUGCAAGAUACGAGGCAGAGAGGCUUUGGUUCGAGUUGAACCAGAUUGGUCACUUGGGUUUUGGUAGGGUUUCUUUCACUGAUAAUCCGUGUGUAGAUGACAGCUUAGGAAAGUGAAUUACUGACAAACAUAUUUUGUGUUUGCUCUGUAAUUUUAUUUUAUUUUUUACCCGUUAUGGUUUUGGGUUUCCUUCACAAAUAUCCAACAUGGCAGGGGAUGGGCAAUUGGGGAAGCACAUUAAAGUGAUAUGCAUCAUUGUAUAGAACUGUAAAUCUUCAAUUCUCCAGUUUAUGAUUUGAUUUUGGGGCAAGCAUCCACCAUCGACAA